AUGACUUCUUCAGCGACUUUUGGCGAUGGGAACAAAGGCUUUGAGGCUGGCAACAUCUACGGCUCAGUGACGCACGUAUCCCACGCGUCCAACACUGGCACAGAGCGACGCGAAGAUGCACCGCAGCCGUCGAUUGUAAUACCAUUCGCCCGCGACAAGCAGUUUAUCGACCGAGGCACGUUGCUCGACGAAAUCCAUGAGCGAUGCGGGCUGCCAAAUGCGCGGAUUGCGCUCGUCGGGCUGGGCGGGGUAGGCAAGUCGCAGCUGGCUAUAGAGCACGCCUGGCGCACGCGUGAAACGUCGUCAACCACAUGGGUUUUUUGGGCCCACGCCAGCAGCGCUGCCCGCCUCGAGCGUAGCUUCCAUGAUAUCGCCGACCGCGUCAAGGCCGCAGGACGGGAGAAUACAGAAACCAAUAUCUUCAAACUAGUACACGACUGGCUUGCAGACUGUAAGGAGCGGUGGCUGCUUGUGCUGGACAACGUAGAUGACGCCAGGUUCCUGCUUGACGCUGAGAACGCAAGCUCCAAGACGGCAACCCGACCGCUGCGGGACUACCUUCCCCACUGCGAGCAAGGCAGAAUCCUUGUCACGACGCGGAACGAAGAAGCUGCGCUGAGCCUAGUAGAGCAGCAAGACAUUAUGAGAGUAGAGCCAAUGAGUGAAGCGCAAUCCCUGGCGCUACUUCGAAAGAAGCUGGGGGCGCAAGCACACAAUGCGAAUACUAAAGAGUGUGCCGAACUUGUGACAUUACUCGAGCAUAUGCCACUCGCCAUCGCGCAGGCUGCUGCAUACAUCUCGCAGAGAGCGCCGCUUUGCUCCGUAACACAAUAUCUGGCCGAAUUCAAGAAAAGCGAGCGAAAGCAGUCAAGCCUUCUUAAGUACGAUAAAGGCCAGCUUCGGCGCGAUGCAGAGGCAAAGAACUCAAUCAUUACAACUUGGCAGAUUUCUUUUGAGCACAUACAGCAGAUGCGACCGUCAGCAGCAGAGAGGCUUUCGCUCAUGAGCUUUUUUGACCGACAGGGGAUCCCCCCGAGUGUUCUACGGGUGCUAGUCUUGCAUGAUGAGCAUGAGAUCAGUCAAGAUGGCGAUGACCUCAAUGCAGAGUACCCUAAAGAGAAGGACGAGUUGCAGCCUGUGUGCACAAAUGAUGAAAUCCGGAAUGACCGCACCACGAACCCCGAUAUCGACAUCAAGGACGACAUCGAGAAGAGUUUGAGUGAUUCGCAACACAAACUUGCCAGUAAUCCCGCAGACGACGACGAAGACGAUGCUUUUCAGGAAGAUAUUACAACGCUGCGCAGCUUCUGCUUCAUCUCCGUCAAUACCGAUGGAACAGGCUUUGAGAUGCACGCGCUUGUACAACUUGCCACUCGCACCUGGUUGGCCGCAAACAGGAAGCUAGAGCGUUGGAGAGAGCAGUUCAUCUGCAAUCUUGACGCAGUAUUUCCAACAGGAGAGUAUGAGAAUUGGACUGUGUGCGGUCCGCUCUUUGCGCACGUCAAGGUGGCUGCAAAGCAACAGCCAGAGGGUGAUCCGCUGCUGUUGAAGUGGGCUGCGCUGCUAUAUCGCGCCGCGUGGUACGCAUGGCGGAGAAGCAAUGCAACUGAGACUAAGCUGCUUGCGGAGCAGUCGCUGGAGAUACGGAAGAGGCUGUUUGGAGAGGUGCAUAAGAAGACGUGGUCGGCCAUGGCGAUGGUAGCACAUGCGCAUUCACUCAUAGGGCAAUGGGACAAGGCGCAGAAGCUGGAAGAAGAGGUAUUAGACAAGCGCAGGAUAAAGCUAGGAGACAACCAUCUAGAUACGCUGAUAAGCAUGGGCAACCUAGCAUCAACGUACUCCAAACAAGGACGAUGGGAUAAGGCAGAAGAGCUACAGUUGCAAGUACUAGAGAAGCAUAGGAUAGAGCUAGGAGACAACUAUGUAGAUACGCUGAUAAGCAUGGGCAACCUGGCGUCAACGUACUCUAAACAAGGACAAUAG